GAAAGUCACAGAGUUUUUUCCUGGCUGCAUGCAAACCAGAGUGUGCAGCAAGGAAGUGCUAACAGGGAAGAGGGACUGUGCAAGAGGCAAAGAAGGAAUGGGGCUUUUCAGAGGUUCCUCUAGUUUCAAGAUUGAUGCUUGUUCCCUGCCAAGGUGGAAAAAGAUGUGGUGGUUUGUUGCAAUCGUCUGCCUAACUCAAGCAAUUGCACGCUCAGAAGAGUUUGACAACCAAACAAUACAUGAGCAUCCUGAAAUUCAUAUGAAUGUUAGUGAACUGAUUGAUUACAGAGGGUACUCCAGUGAGGAAUAUGUGGUCUUGACAGACGAUGGUCAUUAUUUGACAAUAAACAGAAUUCUCUUAGGGAGAAAAGAUCAAAGCAGAGAUCCAAAGCCUGUUGUGCUUGUACAACAUGGAAUAUUUACCGAAGCUAGCAGUUGGGUUGCAAAUAUGGCCAACAACAGCCUUGGUUUCAUUUUAGCAGAUGCUGGCUAUGACGUCUGGCUAGGAAACAGCAGAGGAACAAGCUGGUGUCAGAGACAUCAGAAUUUCUCCGUUGAUCAAGAUGAAUUUUGGGAUUUCAGUUUCCAUGAAAUGGCCAUGUUUGAUAUUCCAGCAACGAUAAACUUUAUUCUGGAAAAGACUGGGCAAAAACAAUUGUAUUACAUUGGCCAUUCUCAAGGCACUACUCUUGGUUUCAUAGCAUUUUCAGUUUUCCCAGAGUUGUCUCAAAAAAUCAAAAUAUUCUUUGCCUUGGCACCAGUGAUUUCAGUUAAACAUGCCUCGAGCCCUUCGUUAAGACUAUUACUCUUCUUUUCUGAAAACUCUAUCAAGAAAAUGUUUACCAGCAAAGACUUCAUUUUCUCACGCAAGUCUGUGAGAGAGACCAUAUUCAAGAUAUGCAAUAGAGCUUUAAUGAUGAAAUUCUGUCUGUCUGUGCUCUCUUCAGGAGGAUUUAAUGCAGAAAAUACAAAUAUGAGCCGAACAGAUAUAUAUCUAUCUCGCAUUCCAGAUGGGGGAUCAGUCAAAACCCUUCUCCACUGGAGACAGAUUUCAAAAUCAGGAUUAUUCAGAUAUUUUGACUAUGGAAGUGAGAAUCAAGCAAAAUAUAAUCAGUCCUCUCCACCUUCAUAUAACUUACAAGACAUGAUCGUCCCAACUGCAAUAUGGUCUGGUGAAAUAGACCCUGUAGCAGACCCUUAUGAUAUGGCUAUCUUACUUCCUCAGAUUAAUAACAUAGUUUACUACCAUAGUUUUUCAGACUGGAGCCACUGGGAUUUUGUCUUAGGUCUUAAUGCCCCCGAACGAUUGUACUAUAAAAUCAUUGAGAUGAUGGGAAAAUCCCUCUAAAGAAAUACUUUGUAUUUUCACUUCAUUGGUAUUUUUUUAACAUGAGUCACAACAACCCGAUGGCAGAGACUAGCACGAGGAAGAUACCAGCUUGCCAAAUGCUACCAGGGGUUUCCUUUACUAGUGGAAUCAGCAGUGUUUAAAAGAGCAUAAGUACCCCUAGACAAUGCCUACAUUUGUGAUUAUACUUGGACACUAUAAUGUAUACCAGUGGGAAUGCGCUGUUCUCCUGCAUUGUUAAUAUAUCAUGUUAAUACAUGCUUUGUUUCAGAGUUCUGAAAUCCUAGUCCCAUUACAUCGUUUAUUAUAUGUCUCUUUAUCCUACUGAUUGUAAUGAUUUAUAUUAUGUAAUCUGAUGGGUCUCAGUGAGAAAAGCAGACUAUAAGCAACAUAAAUAAAAUAAAUUAAACUUGUAUAAAUAUACAGCACCUACUGUACAACAGUAAUAAUUACAGAAUAAAAACUUUGCAUGGA